AUGGAGUUCCAAGCAAUGGUGAUAGCAGUUGGUGGUGCAUCCCGUGUGACGGUUCUGCCGCCAAGAAUCCCUAAAGCUCUCCUUCCUGUGAGCGAUCAGCCUCUACUCACCUUGCUGGAACAAGGCGCCCCCCUGAGCCGGGCCGGGGCAGGGGCGGAGGCGGAGCUCCCGGCGCGGCGGCGCGGCUGCGGCUGGCCCUGGCGCAGUCGGCUCGGCUCCGUCGCCCGCUUGCUGUCGCCGCCGCCGCCGCCUGGGCAGCCCCUGGGAAGGAUGGGCCCGGCGCUGCUGCUCGCGCUGCUCUCGGGCCUCGGAGCCGCCAAGCCUUUCACCACUGCAGGAAGUUCCCGUGGAGGGCUGAAUCACAAUUUAUCUGUGAGGCCCCGACAGGUUCGGCGUGAUCUUCAGGGAGUGUCGUAUGAGCCGGUUGAGACCAUGUUGGCCAAUGAAGCCUAUUAUCCCGAACUGGUCCAGCUGGCAGCACUGGAGAGAGCCAUGUCGCCCCCUGGUGGACAACGGCAGGAUGAGCGCCUGGCCCAAGCUUUCGAGAGAGCCUUGGCCUCCUCCGAUAACCAGCUACAAGAUGAGCGCCUGGCCCAAGCAUUAGAAAGGGCUGCGGUGCCACCCUCCGGUAACCAGUUCCAGCCAGAUGAGCAUCUGGCCCUGGCUUUGCAGCGUCUGCUUCAGGAUGGCCAUCGCCGGGACCAGGAGUCUGUCUAUCUGGCCAACCUGCUGAGGCUUUGGGAUGAGGCCAAGGGAGCUGUGUUGUAUCCUGACUACGAUGAGACCAGUCUGGCAGUUGGCUCUUCUCCACCGAGAGCAUCCCCGAAUCGCUACUGGGUCCCAGAAGGAGCUUUUGAGCCCCAAGAAGAGAUGGGCGUGGAAGAAGAACCUGCCAGAGAGGUGGACCCUGAAAUGCUGAGGUACCUGGUUGGCAAGAUCCUGUCCAGCACAAACCUGCCCCCCCAACGUCUCCCAGUGUCCCCCAAGCGCUUGCGGCGUGCCCUCUUUGAUGGAGAGGACCUCCCCGAGCCUCCCAGUCUUCUGCGGGUCAAGCGACUCGGGGUGGAGGCUGGAGGGCAGCCCCAGCUGCAGCGGGUCAAGCGGACAGAAGGGGAAAGGGCCAAGAGAAAGAAGGGGGUGACUGGGGCAGCUCAGAGGCUUCGUUAUCUUCCCGAAUAGUAGGGAUCGGUCUCGGCCUAAACACGGGGGGUGCCACUUCACCACUGCCUGCCCCCCCCAGUCUCUGAAUGUUUAUGGACUGUGAGCAACACCUCCUGUUUUUCCCCCGCCUUUGUCCUGCCUCCUCACCUCACAGUACUGAGGAGGAAAGGAGGUAGCCUUCAGCUGGCCUCCCCAGUCCCAAAUCUCGAUGCUCUAGUGUGUGUUGGAGCCUCCUCCAAGCUCUUCUUCUCUGCACCCGGUUAGAGAGCCCCACUUCAAUCCAGCUGUAAUGCAGGUGCAUUUUAAUCUCCCCCCCCCCAGUUGCCGUCAGCCUCAGUUUCCUCACACCCCAGCUUUUGCUGGCUGGGAGUGAAAUGUGCCUCAAACAGCCCCCGAGCUGCCAAAUUUUCUUCCUCCUUUAAGAAUCCCAUUAUUGCUCCCUUCUUCCCUCCCACCCCCCACUGUGGGUUCCCCGCUUGUUUCUGUCUGAUCUGCAACCCCCCUUGUGUUCACCAUUGUUUUAUGCACAUGUGCACUCCCGUGCUAAUUUCGUUGCCAUGUUUGAUCGUGUUUGUGGCCAGUUUUGGUGUUGCUGAGUUAAUAAUUAAAAGCCCAUCAGGUAUUUUAAUGUAA